AUGUCACAAGCUGCGAAAAAUCUUAUGGUAAAACUUAUAGUUGGAGCUGGUCAAGCAGCUCCAUCACCACCAGUGGGUCCAGCACUUGGUUCCAAAGGUAUCAAAGCUAUGGAUUUCUGUAAAGAGUUCAAUGCACGUACGUCCAUGUACCAGCCAGGUGUGCCAGUUCCCGUUUUAAUCACCAUUAAACCUGAUAGAUCAUUUGCAUUUGAAAUGAAAUCACCACCUACAGUUUAUCUUCUGCUGAAGGCAUUAGGCGUUGAAAAGGGACAUGGUCAACCUAACAUAACUGUACCAGAUAGAACUGUUGGGGAAUUGUCAUUAAAGCAUAUCUAUGAAAUUGCAAAGAUAAAAAAGACUGAUGGUAAGCAUGCUAUGUUGGAAAUGGAAUCGAUUGUUAAAUCUGUCGUUGGUGUUGCCAAAAGUAUGGGUAUCAAAGUUGUGCCAUGA